GACCUGAUUAAAAGUUAAUGUGUACGUAUGUAUUAACCCAGAGGAAGGUCCUCACAGAGAGGAAACAGCACGAGGUUACACAUAUCUAUUCAAAUACAUAUUAGUGCGUGGUUCAGGAAACGAUGUGAAUCAUCAACCUCGGAAAAAAACGGUAAAAUAUGACGCACCAGCGCGCACAGUUUAUAUUCAGUCUGAACUCUGAAGGUUUAAGUCUCUAAUAACUCGUUAUUUCAUCUUAAUAUGAAAAGUCUCAAACGUCUGACAGUAGAAAAGUUUCUUCUUCUUUCAGGAUGUAACAGAUGAACAUGUAACAGAUUGGUUGGCUUCGUCCACACGGUGUCGCUGUGUCUCGGGUUUACAUCAAAACAGUCGAAUGGGAUCUGAUCACUGCAUCGGUGCAUGUAGUUCAGAUGUGAACGAAGUCAAAUAUGUUUUCAGUCCUGGGGUUCUGGGCGAUAAAAAAAAUAAACAAAUACAUGAGGAAUAUCUCAUACGAAAUGAAUGUUCGUGGCCUUUUCCCAGUGUCAGUAACAGACUGAUUAGUGAUAAACUACAGGAGAAAUUUAAAACGUCUCCUAGAUUAGAUGGUAGACAACACCCUGAUAGCGAUGAUAUUGUGCACAGAAACUUUGACUAACACUGGAGUUUACAGAAAUACCACAAAGCUCACAUAUUCUACAAAGGUUCUAGUAAAAAUAGAAGCAGGCCCACUCUUCAUUUGGACAUUUAGAUAAAAAUCAAAGAACCCAAAGUGUGUCACAUUAGGUUUUUACCUCCUGAAAGAGAAUCUGGCUGCAAAAUACUACUACCUGUUGUUUACACAAGUAACCCCCCCAUGGAAACCAGUCACUAAAGCCCCACUGGGCGAAACACCUGGGUCGACGCAGGAUUUUUAAAAUGGGAGGGGUAUAAGGCAUGUUAAAUAACUUUCACCACUACAUGGGUGUGUUGUGAUUAUUCCUUCCACCAGAUGGAGGUAAAAGGCCAUGUAUUAAAUAAAAGUGACGGGGUUCAGAUUCUGUCAGUAACGUCAAGAUGUGGUAGGUAGUUGAUGGAGAAUGGUGCGGAUAGACUCAAAAGGAUGAUGAAAGAUUAAUAAAACAAUAUUAAACAUUUGCUGUCAGUUGUUUUUGGAUUUAAUGAAAUGCAGAGGAAUAAAAGGCUGAGAUAUAAGAUGGAAGUUAUUACCGUGAUAUUCUGUCUUUAAAACAGUGAAAUGAUUCACUUCAAUUUUUUUUUUUUUUUAUUUUUUUUUUUAAAUCUGCUGCGCUGAAUCAGAUCAGAUUUUGUUUCAGGUGUUGCCAGUGAGAUUAAACACCUCACACUGUUUGCUCUCUGAAUAAUUCAGAGUCAACUGAUAUCUCUAAUCCCUCACUUGGACCUGAGUUCCGCCUUUGUUCACCUGAUAACUUAUAACUGAGACUUACUCACAGUUCACUCACGCUGACCUCCUCGUCCAGACACUCAGACCUCGUCCAGGUGCUCAGACCUCGUCCAGACACUCAGACCUCGUCCAGACACUCAGACCUCGUCCAGACACUCAGGAUGGCGAACACGGCAGCAGAGCUGGCCCGGAGGAAGGCCCGGCAUGAGGAUGGCAUUGGUAGCCGGUCCAACGUGGUUCCCUUCAAGCAGCAGGACUUUGAGCAGCUUCGACGUGACUGCCUCCAGAGCGGCUCGCUGUUCUGUGACCCGACCUUCCCAGCUGGCUGGAACUCUCUGGGAUACAACCAGCUGGGACGAUACUCGUCCAAAACCAUUGGAGUGGAGUGGAAACGACCAACGGAGCUGUGUUCUGAUCCUCAGUUCAUCAUCGAUGGAGCCAACAGAACCGACAUCUGUCAGGGGGCACUGGGUGACUGCUGGCUGCUGGCCGCCAUCGCCUCGCUGACUCUGGAUCCUCAGAUCCUGAACCGAGUGGUUCCUCCCGGGCAGAGCUUCACCUCGCAUUACGCCGGCAUCUUCCACUUCCAGCUGUGGCAGUACGGGGAGUGGGUGGACGUGGUCGUGGACGACCGUCUGCCCACCAGAGACGGGAAGCUGCUUUUCGUUCACUCAGCAGAAGGAGCGGAGUUCUGGAGCGCCCUGCUGGAGAAAGCCUAUGCCAAGGUGAAUAGCUCCUAUGAAGCUCUGACCGGAGGCUCCAGCAUCGAGGGCUUCGAGGAUUUCACCGGCGGCAUAGCUGAGAGCUACGACCUGAAGGAGGCGCCACCGUUCCUGUUCAACCUCAUGAGGAAAGCGUUGAAGCUCGGCUCGCUGCUCGGCUGCUCCAUCGACAUUUCCAGUUCGUGUGAGACGGAGGCCAUCACGAGUCAGAAGCUGGUCAAAGGUCACGCGUACUCCAUCACUGGGGCAGAGCAGGUCCAUCACUUUGGUUCUACGGUAGAACUGGUCCGCAUCAGGAACCCGUGGGGUCAGGUGGAGUGGACCGGCGCCUGGAGUGACAACUCCAAGGAGUGGGAUCGAGUUCAGCCGGAGGAGAAGAGGAAGCUGGACCACUCUGCUGAAGACGGGGAGUUCUGGAUGUCCUACACCGACUUCCUGCGCCAGUUUUCCCGCCUCGAAAUCUGCAACCUGACUCCUGACACGCUGACCAGCAACCGGGUCCACCGCUGGAACUACUCCGAGUUCGAAGGCAUGUGGAGGGUCGGCUCCACCGGAGGAGGCUGCAGGAACUACCCCGCCACGUUCUGCUCCAACCCUCAGUUCUUGAUCCGGCUGGAGGACGUGGACGAUGACCCUGAGGACGGAGAGGACGGCUGCACUGUCCUGAUCGGUCUGAUGCAGAAAGACGCUCGCAAAGAGAGAGAAUUCGGACGAGACCUCAACACCAUUGGCUUCGACAUCUAUGACGUUCCUGAUCAGGUUAAAGGUCUCACCAACGUCCACCUCGGUCCAGACGUCCUGCUGAAAAGGACGUCGGUGGCUCGCAGUCGGACCUUCAUCAAUCUGAGGGAGGUGUGCGACCGGUUCAAGCUGCCGCCGGGAGAAUAUGUCAUCAUCCCCUCCACAUUCGAACCUCACCGCAAAGGAAGCUUCGUCCUCAGAGUGUUCACGGAGAAGCAGGCCCUCGCCAGUCCGAUGGAGGAGGAGGUGGACGCCGACAUCUCGGAGCCUGAAGUCAGACACGACGACGUGGAUCCUCACUUCAAGCGUCUCUUCCUUCGGAUCUCUGGGAACGACUCAGCGAUCUCGGCAUUUGAGCUGCAGCAGAUUCUGGACAAAGUGAUCACCCAGAGAUCUGAUGUAAAAACGGACGGUUUCAGUCUGCAGACCUGCCGCAACAUCAUCAGUCUCCUGGACACUGACGGCAACGGUACACUGGGUCUGUUGGAAUUUCACGCUCUGUGGAUGAAGAUCCAGAGAUAUCUGGAGAUCUUUAAAAGUCAUGACUUGGACAGUUCUGGGACGAUGAGCAGUCAUGAGAUGAGAGCAGCUCUGGCCGAAGCCGGUUUCCAGGUGAACAGCUCCGUGGUCCAGGAAAUCGUCAGUCGCUAUGCCGACGAGACUUACGCCAUCGACUUCGACUGUUACAUCGGAUGUCUGAUCCGUUUGGAGAUGCUCUUCAAGAUGUUCAGAACUCUUGAUAAAAAGAACCAGGGCCUGAUCCAGUUGGACCUGCAGCAGUGGCUCUGUCUCGCCAUCAACUGAUCGACGCUGGGAGAUUUCACUUGGAGGGAAGCUGAACCUGUGAUUCAUGAACACGAUGAAAUAAAAAAUAAAGUCUUAAAUGUUUCUGUAUUUCUUUUAUAAACUGAUCAUUGAAAGCGUUAGAACAUGAAACCAGUCAACUUCCUGUGCUCGCACAGUGGGCGUGUCCAGAAAUCUAUCAGCUGUUACUGUGUUUGUCCUCUAGAGGGCGGUGAAGUGUUGCUACCAUCAACAUGAGCAGAGGAUUAGGCAGACCAGAACUCACCUGAACAAACCAGAACUCACCUCAAUACACCAGAACU